GGACUUAUUUCCUGCAUAUUCGGUGACGUUAACAGUGUGCGACCGGAAGCACACGGCAUCUAAACUUUGGCAGCAGCAUGGGAAAGCAGAAAAAAACGAAGAAAUAUGCAGUAAUGAAGAAGAGGAUUAGCCUUAAAGACCAACGCAUCAAGGAGAAAGAUAGAGCAAAAAUUCAGCCGAAAAAGGAAGACUCAAGUGCCAUCAAAGAAAGAGAAGUACCUCAGGUCCCGUCAUGUCUUUUCUUCCAAUAUAAUACCAACUUGGGGCCACCCUACUACAUUCUGGUGGAUACCAAUUUCAUCAACUUUUCCAUCAAAGCAAAACUGGACCUAGUGCAAUCUAUGAUGGACUGCCUUUAUGCUAAAUGUGUCCCCUGUAUAACAGACUGUGUGAUGGCUGAAUUGGAGAAACUGGGACAAAAAUACAGAGUGGCUUUGAGGAUUGCAAAGGACCCAUCCUUUGAGCGACUUCCUUGCUCUCAUCCUGGAACCUAUGCAGAUGACUGCCUUGUACAAAGAGUUACUCAGCAUAAGUGCUAUAUUGUGGCUACAGUGGACAGAGACCUGAAAAGAAGAAUCCGUAAAAUCCCUGGUGUUCCCAUCAUGUACAUUUCAAACCACAGAUAUAAUAUUGAACGAAUGCCAGAUGACUAUGGAGCUCCACGUUUUUAAGACUUGCUUGAUCAACAUUCCAAACUUCACUAUGAUAUGGACAUUAAGCAGUUAUGCUCUGUUACAUGAAAGCUCUGGGACAAAGGAAUUAGCAAUAAGUUGUCGGAACCAGUCCAGGAAAAGAUUCUAUAGAUCUACUUCAAGGACUGUUAUCUGUUUUUGCUUCUAUUAGCUGUUCCUGCUGGGGCCUAGUGAUUUUUUUCCUAGAAAUCCAUCUCACUUCACUUCAUGGCUCCCAAAUUAAACAUUCUUGAAUUCUGCAUAUACACCCUACCCUUUACCAAUGCAUUCAGUGUUCCACUCUGCGUAAGCUACAAAAGUUAUUCUUUCUACAUUUUCUGCCACAUUACAUCUAUUACAACAUGCUUAAAUGAUAAUCCUUUUCCAAGCCAGUCUUCAAUGAGGAGCUCAGAGUACACAGCAGACCUAAGUUAAAUUGGAAUAUCUGGUCUUUUGGCAAAGUAAUGAAACUAGUAGUUCUUUGCCUGAAAUGGCCUACAUCAGCCAAAUAUUGGGAAAGACCAUAGAAAAGGGACUGCAUCCACAAUUUGAUGCAAUCCUUGCUGAACAGGAUUUCUAACCUUUCUGAUUGAUAACUGAUUCAGAAAAUAUUGGUCGUUGAAGCUGUCGUUCUGGCUUUAUACUGUGGUAACUCAGGAGUUGCUGAUACAGCAACCAGUCAGUUUUAUUAGAGUAAUGUAGUUAUCAUUAUGAUGUGUACAAUAAAACUAUUUCCAGUCUGGCUCAAAA